ACCAUCUUCCUGGUGGAAAGUGACCAGUUGCAGGUCGCCCUCCAUUAGGGGCCACCCAGCUGAGCCUCCACUGCAACUCCAGAGUGAUGCAAGGGGCUGCCUUGAUGCCAAUUUGUGUCUUCUCACCUCACUCUGGAGAAACAAGUCAGGAACCAGUAAGGUUUGGACAUGUCCUUUAUAUUUGACUGGAUUUACAGUGGUUUCAGUAGUGUAUUGCAGUUUUUAGGACUGUACAAGAAAACUGGGAAACUAGUAUUUCUUGGAUUGGAUAAUGCUGGGAAAACUACGCUCCUGCACAUGCUUAAAAAUGACAGACUGGGGCAACAUGUCCCCACACUACAUGCAACUGCGGAAGAGCUGACAAUUGCUGGUAUGACUUUCACUACCUUUGACCUAGGUGGACAUGAACAAGCUCGCAGGGUUUGGAAAAACUAUCUGCCUGCCAUCAAUGGCAUUGUCUUUCUGGUGGAUUGUGCGGAUCAUGAAAGAUUGGGUGAAUCUAAGAAAGAACUUGAUGGACUAAUGACUGAUGAAACUAUUGCUAAUGUGCCUAUCCUAAUUCUUGGUAACAAGAUUGACAGACCAGAAGCCAUCAGUGAAGAAAGGUUACGAGAGAUGUUUGGUUUGUAUGGCCAGACAACAGGAAAGGGGAAUGUUGCAGUGAAGGAACUGAACACCCGACCUUUAGAAGUCUUCAUGUGCAGUGUGUUAAAGAGGCAAGGCUAUGGUGAAGGAUUUCGUUGGAUAGCACAAUACAUUGAUUAAUGCCAAAAUCACAUUAGUACAUACUAUCCAAACUUGUUCAUUAUUUGAUCACUCAGUGUACAUAACUUGAACUCAAUAGACUUUGGUUACAAAAGUGUAUUUUUUUUAUUAUUGUAUCAAUUGUGUUAAAUUUUAAGUGUAAAGACUGAAUACAGAUUUUAAGCAAGUUUGUCAAUUUGGAUCUUGUAACAUUAGUCUCUAGUCCUAUAGAAACCACUUUCUUUUGAGAUUUAUAGCUUGUCUGUUGUCUGCAGCCCCCUUCUUUUCUUUUGUUAUUUCCCAGCUCAGUAUGUUUUUUGAAUGCACUUUUUAACAGCUCAGCCCUACAGACUUGUUGGUCAUAUUUAAUGCUCAUCAUGUUAAAUUUUUAUGUACUUUUUUCAAAACUGGUUUUAUAAACGUAGAGUGUAGAACCGCCUCUCAAAGAAUAGUAAUGAAUCAGCUUAUGGAUAAUUGCAUGAUGCCUUACAGUUUUCAAUAAUAUACUUUCUUAUGCAACGUCAUGCAAUAAAACUAAAUCCCGUUUCUUGGCAUCUUUAAUGGGAAAUGUUUCAUUUUAAUGUGUCUUAACCUAGUAAAGAUGUUUCAAGAUGUGAAUAUGUGGGGUAGUUUUCUGAAAUGCAGUAUAAUUUCAGUGCACUGUAGACUUUUUAAAUUAUUUAUCUGAUUACCUUUAUGCUGGGAAUGAAUCAUAUUAAUGUUAACCAUGUUUUCUGAAUAUUAAUAUUCACUCACAGUUCAUGUUGUACAGUAAGAGUUACCAUGGUCCCACCAUGUAAUAUACCCCAUAGUGUUGAUGAAUGCCUGAUGCAUUAAUUUGGAGAACCUCCAGGUCAACAACAGGCUUUGCAUCCCCUACUGCAGGGGUGGGAUAGAUGUCGCCCUCCCGAUGUUGUUGGACUGCAACUCCCAUCAGCCCUAGCCAGCAUAGCCAAGGCAAGGGGUGAUGGGGGUUGUAGUCCAACAACAUCUUGGAGGCCGUGCAUCAGCAGUGCAUUUUGCACAAGCUUGUGUGCAGGGCAGACUGCCUUAUUGGGAUUCCUUGGGUAGGAGUGAAGGACAAGACACAUAAUUGCCAUAAUUCUGGAGGCAGUUUGUCCUAAGCAGAGCAGGCUUUUAUGUACUCAGUAUUGCAAAUAUUCAGUUAGAACUCCAGUUCCCAUGUAGCUUGGUUCUCUGUAGGUGGCCAGCUAGUAUGCCCAUUGCUCUGAGCAGUUGUCACUCCUCUUAGCAUUCAUGCAUUCUGUAAGGGUUAGCAAAAUGGUGCAUAGAAAGCCUCAAUCACUGCCUUCCAAAGGUUACUUAGAAAAGGCCAAUUCCUAAUUUCCUUUUUGGGCUACAAUAUGAUACUUUUUUAUUGCCCCUGUGUUAGUGAAGUGAUAGCAGUGACAAAGAGAAGGAGCCUUGCAGUUGCCUUGUCCAAGUGUUUUCAUUCAGCAGUGCCACGAGGUACCACACUGUGAUUCUGAAACCGGUUUAGCAAAUAAAAUAGUUUAAAUAACUUGAUUCUGCCAAGAUGCUUAAUGUAGAGCUUCGGCUAUUGGGCGGUAUAGAAAUGUAAUAAAUAAAUAAAAAAGUAACCAGGUAUUGUUAUCUCCUUUGCAAGCCAAGCUUUAACAUGGCCCAAGGAAACUUUUUGGGACUUGGUUUGAAACUCCUUUCCCUUCUGAUCACUGAGAUUCAUGUGCAAAGUUAACAUUCGGUGAACUCAGUUGAGGCCUUGUGUAGGGUUGGUUCAUUUGUUUUGUUUCUAGCCAACAAUGUCAUGUAAUGCCUUGGAUAUAGAGUGUGCUUGUUUUUUGAGGUAUGAUUUGGAAUUGUGAUAUGGGAUUAUGAGGAUGUCAAAACUCUGAGUGUAGCUUUCCCAUGUAUAUGCAUUCAUAUUCUUUCAGAAGAAGAGUAAAUUAAGACAGCUGGCAUAUUUUGGCGUGGCAGCUGCUAGCUGCUACCAACUUUUGAGUCUUUGGAUAACACUACAUACUAUAAAAGUAAAACAUUUUAAAACUUGUUCAACUGUAUGGCUUCUAGGCAAACCUAUGAAUUAUACUUUUGUGAGGGUGCUAAGAAUUUAGGUUUCCCCCAACUUCAACACACACUUUAGAGUUUCUGCAGCUCCCGAAAGGGCUAUUACCAAUUUCCUUAUACUGCCCAUAAUCUCCAUUGUGCUUACCUGAUUUGAGCUUCUUCAGUAGCCUUGAUCAAAGUGAGUGUUCCAGUUUGCUUUGUAUGCAAAGAGGAAUUGCAGCUCAUUCGGCAUGUUUUCAGAACUUGAAGACAGCUUUCUCUCUCUCUCUCUCUCUCUCUCUCUCUCUCUCUCUCCAAGCUGUUUCAAAAAGGCCGUUGCUGAAAUCAAGUGAGGACUGAAGUAGUGUUUCUUACAGAAAAACAGGUGUCUGAACAUUUGUUGUUGUUGCAGAAGAACUGGAAAUAUGGUCCAUCACUGUUAAGUGUGUUCUAAAUUUUUCUUUCUUGGUUUGUCAUUUAAAAUUUAACAGUGCCAGGUUCGUAAAGGAGAGGCACAGUAAUUCUUUCCAUUACUUGGACUUGUAUUACCCAUCUCGAGAGUUCCAGUAUCAUACUCAUAAGGUUAAUUUUGGGCUUUGGAUGCAGUAGUACAGUUUAUUAUUAAUACUUUUUCUGAAUGUCCUGACUUUGUAGGAAGCCUAUUUCCAAAGUCAAAGCAUUGUAUACACACAGUCUGUCUUAGAUGUGUGUUUACAGGAACAAGGAAGGGGGGCACUUAUCAACAGUGCUUCAGUCUCCUCAGGACCAUAGUGAAUUUGGCACAGUUUUCCAUCUUCCAAUUUACUACCCAACCUAGAUAGGUUUUGUUUUCCUUGUAAAUUAAAUGGAUUAGUGUGAAUAAUUGUACAUCACUUUUCAUACUGCUGGACAAGAUACCCUAGCAAUUUGUCUGCUGACCUUUCACUUUCAGCCAGGGCAGGCAUAGCGAACUGGUGGCCUUCCAGAUGGCAUUGUUAAAUUUAAAAUGUUUUACUCCAGUUGCCAUCAGCCCUAGCCUCCAUGGGUCAGGGAUGUCAUUCAACCACAUCUGGAAGAUCACAGCUUCCCCGCCCUUGAGCCAGGGAGCACAUGCAGAACGUCCCUCUUGGCUGAGACAUUGGGUAGGACUUAAAAUUUAAGUGGGUGCUUGACACAAGGUAUUUCAAGCAUUUGCAAGGAAAUGCAACAACUCAGAGUUGUCAGUUCUUGAUCCAUUUUUUUUAUAGGAUCUUAAAAAUAGCUGCAUAGCUUCAAGAGGUUCAGAGAAGACAGAUUCGUCAUGUCUGACAGAAAUAUUCGGCCCUCUCAGAAGACAUCUUAAACCCUGGCUUUAACCCUGGUGGUUAAGCCAGAAAGCAAGGCCAUGUUCAGAAGACACCUUAAACCACAGUUAUAACCACAGUGAAUAACACUUUUUGCUUUAUUCACCAUGGUUAAAGCCGUGGUUUAAGAUGUCUUCUGAACACAGCCCAGCUUUCUGGCUUAACCACCGUGGUUAAAGCCAGGGUUUAAGGUGUCUUCUGAACGGGGCCAUUGUUAAUGCACAGGAACACCCUACAAGACUAGCGGUUACCAGAAAGUAGAAGCACUAUAAUUUUAUGUAUUAUAUUUUAUUUAGUGUUGUUCCCUGCCUAGAUCCAGAGGGAGAGGCGAAUAAUAAAUUAUUAUUAUUAUUAUUAUUAUUAUUAUUAUUAUUAUUAUUAUUAUAUUCAGAAUUAAAGCAAUAGGGUUUUCAUUUUCAGAAGCAUUUUGUAGAACAGCCUUCCCCAACCUGGUGUCCUCCAGAUGUGUUGGAGUACACUUUGGCCAUGCUGGCUGGAGAUGAGAUGAUGGGGAUUGUAGUGCAACACAUCCAGGCGCCAAGUUGGGAAAGGCUGCUGUAGUAUUUUGAAAAUAGGACCAUUUUGUGCUUCAUAACCUGUUUCGCACAAGAUGGUAAUUUCCUAUACAGAUUUCUCUUCACAUAGGAAACUGCAAGGAAUCCCAUAUGUGGAGGAUGUACAUGGAUCCACAACUGGCAGCAAUGUGGGCCUUUGUUACGUGGGGUGCAAUAAAAAAGAGAGACAAAAUUAUCCAGAAUUCAUAUAAAUUCCUACUCAGAAGUGACUCCUGUAUAAGAAAUUCAUGUUGCAGCUCUAAAUCCUUAUUGUUAUUCGGGCAUGCACAUUAUACAGAUCUUCUUCUUUCUUUUAUCCCUUAGGUAUUUACAGUCAUCUCUGUCAGGGUAACUUACCAGUAUUAAUAGACAGAGAAAUUAAGACACACUCUCCUGUUACAAAAGUACAACAGUACUUUUAUGUGGCUUAGAUGGGAAUGCCUAUGUGAUGGGAAGAAAUCCCCCCUCUUUUUCUUCCUUUAGCAUGGGACAAUUUUAGUUGAUUUCACAAGUUAAGCGUUGAAUUUCAGGAAGCAGUCAGUUCCUGAAGUUAUUCAGACAUUAAUUUUCUGUGUGUGGGGAUGUGAGCGUGUGUGGCAGUAUUUCACAUUUUGUUUCCCCACUCUGAGGGGUGGCUUGCUAAAUAACGUUCAUUUAAAAGAACCCUAACGAUGACUUGUGUGCUGAAAAAAUAAAAUUCACUAAUAAAUAA